AUGGACUUGACUCGGGAGCCGAACAAGGUUGAGGUGGACGAAGAGUUCAAGAACGCCAAAUGUCUGAACCUCUGUGAGCUCCACCUCAUCUUGGGUGACCAGCUGCGUCUGCAGCACAAACGCAACGAGGCCGCCAAGCAGCUCAUCAAGACAUCUCACGAUUACGCAAGUCGUUUCGCCAUCCUGAAGUUCAGGAGUGCCAUUGUCGACAUUCGAACGUGGAGGGACGGGUCGCUGCACGAAUUCGAGAUGGCCAGUUUGGUGAACCUGUUGCCGAAGUCGGUGGACGAGGCAAAAUCGCUGAUCCCCUCUCUGAGCCGCAUACCGGACGAGCGGAUCGACGAAAUUCUGGAGUUGCUCGAGAGUUACCGCGUGCAGUCUUGA